GACAGGUCAGUGCUGGGCGGAGCGCAGCGCUGCAGAGGAAGACUCAUACACACAGCAACAGCGCUGUAGUUCACUGUAUAAUCUCCAUACACAGAAACUUUAUUUUAGUUUAACUGUGUUGUUUCAGAACCGUGUGGAUUGUACAUAUUUUUUCUAAAUACGUCGCUUUUUCCCCCUCAUUUGUAUCAAAUUUGGUGAGAUUUUGCGCUUUGUUAUGACGAACUGGUUAGCUAAAUAAGCUAACAAGCUAGCGUUAGCUGGCUAGCUAACAAGCUAGCAUUAGCUGCUAGCUAACGCCGGGCAGUAGAGUCUAUUGAAUGGCUCUCUGUUCACUUGAGCGUUUGUAUGAAACCCGGAGACAUUGGAGGAGUAUAUCUAUCUUAGUUAAAUCGUUAAUGUAUUAAUAAUGGAGGUUGUGUAUGUGUGCGAGUGGGAGAAGAGACCCAAAAACAACCACUGCCCCUCCAUCCCGCUGGUGUGUGCCUGGUCCUGCAGAAACCUCAUCGCCUUCACAACAGACCUGAAAAAUGAAGAGGACGAUAAAGAACUCAGUCACAUGAUUCAUAUCAUUGACACUGAACACCCCUGGGAUGUCUACUCCAUCAACUCGGGUCAUAGGGAAGUUAUUUCGUGCUUGGAGUGGGACCAGUCAGGAUCCAGACUGCUCUCUGCUGAUGGGGACGGAGAGAUCAAGUGUUGGGCAAUGAAGGAACACCUUGUGAACAGCUGGGAAAGUAUACAGAGCAGCUCUGUUGAUGGAGACCCUAUUGUAGCUCUCUCAUGGUUGCACAAUGGGGUCAAACUUGCACUGCAUGUGGAGAAGUCUGGAUCCACCAACUUUGGUGAGAAGUUCUCCCGGGUGAAGUUCUCUCCGUCACUCACUCUGUUCGGCGGUAAGCCUAUGGAGGGCUGGCUGGCUGUGACCGUGAGUGGCCUGGUGACCGUGUCCCUUCUGAAGCCCAACGGCGCUUUGCUGUCAGCCAGCGAAAGCCUGUGCCGGCUGCGUGGACGCGUGGCUCUUGCUGACAUUGCCUUCACCGGCGGCGGGAACAUUGUGGUGGCAGCGACGGACGGCAGCAGCUCAUCACCAGUUCAGUUUUAUAAAGUGUGUGUGAGUGUGGUGAACGAGAAGUGCCGCAUCGAUACAGAACUGCUGCCCUCGCUCUUUAUGCGCUGCACCACUGACCCGGUGCGACGGGACAAGUAUCCAGCUGUCACACACCUCAAAUUCCUCACACGGGAGAACUCUGAGCAGGUACUGCUGUGUGCAUCCAGUCAGAUGGGGAGCAUUGUAGAGUGCUGGUCCUUACGAAAGGAGGGGCUUCCAGUCAAUAACAUAUUUCAGCAUCGCUCACCUGUUGUGGGUGAGAAGCAGCCGAUGAUUCUGAAGUGGCGAAUCCUUUCGGCCACAAAUGAUUUGGACCGUGUCUCUGCAGUGGCACUACCUAAACUGCCCAUCUCCAUCUCCAACACUGAUCUUAAAGUCGCCUCUGACACAAAGUUUUGCCCAGGUCUUGGCCUGGCUUUGUCAUUCCAUGAUGGCAGCAUUCAAAUACUGCAUCGUCUGUCCCUUCACACCAUGGGUAUGUUCUAUGGGUCCUCUGGUUCCUCCCAGCGAGUGGGAGACGAGCCAGUCAUCAAACGGCAGAGAGCUGGAGGUCCUGCCGUCCACUUUAAAGCCCUGCAGUUUUCCUGGACAUCUCUGGCUCUGGUCGGUGUGGACAACCAUGGAAAGCUCCACAUGAUCCGUGUGUCCCCCUCCAUGGGGCAGAUGUUGGACAUGAACACUCUGCUGCGCCACCUGCUGUUCCUACUGGAGUACUGCAUGGUGACAGGCUACGACUGGUGGGAUGUGCUUCUGCAUGUUCAGCCUGGGAUGGUCCAUAACCUGGUGGAGAAGCUCCAUGAGGAGUACAUGAGGCAGAAUCAAGCCCUGCAGCAGGUGCUGGCUACCCGAAUUGUAGCUGUGAAGGCGUCUCUAUGUAAGCUGUCAUCUGCUACAGCAGCCCGGGCAAACGACUUCCACGCCAAGCUGCUCCUCAUCGCCAUCAGCUCCACACUCAAAUCUCUGCUCAGACCCCACGUCCUCAACACACCAGACAAAAGCCCAGGAGACAGACUGGCGGAGAUCUGCACCAAGAACACAGACACUGACAUUGACAAGGUGAUGAUUAACCUGAAGACAGAGGAGUUUGUUCUGGAUGGACCUCCACUUCAGUCCCUUCAGCAGCUCAUUCAAUGGGUGGGCGACUUCGUGCUCUACCUGCUUGCCAAUCUGCCCAACCAGGGCUCCAUAGUUCGCCCAGGCUUCGGCUUCCUGCGGGACGGGCCCUCGCUGGGCAUGCUGAGGGAGAUGAUGGUGAUGAUCCGCAUCUGGGGCUUGCUGAAGCCUGGCUGCCUUCCCAUCUACACAGCCACCUCUGACAACCAGGACAGCAUGUCUCUUCUCUUCCGCCUCCUCACCAAGCUCUGGCUCUGCUCACGGGAUGAGAGCCACCCUCAGGAACCGGAUGAGACCCUGCUGGAUGAAUGCUGUCUACUGCCUAGCCAGCUGCUUGUGCCCAGCAUGGACUGGCUGCCCAUCAACGACGGCGUCAUCACCAAAAUCCAGAGCAAGCACCAGCUGCGGCUGCAGUUUGGCAAGCCCUACACCCUGCCUGGACUCAACCCCAACUCACAGAUGGAGAUUUUCUCCAGGAGUCCAGCAUCACAGAGGAUGGACAACCUGCGCUGUUUACACAUGGGUAUCUGUCCAACAGAGGAAAGCAAGGCCUGCACCAGGUGUGGCUGUGUAACAAUGCUGCGCUCCCCAAACAAGACCAAUGCUAUGAAACAGUGGGAGCAGCGCUGGAUUAAGAACUGUCUGUGUGGAGGACUCUGGAGAAAAAUUCCCAACACAUGAAACUUUCUGAAAUCAGGUCAUAGGUCAUGGAUAUUAGAUCAUGUUCAAAGGAUGUGCCACAGUCAGUCCUAAAGCCCCUGUUUGUCCAGCACUAUUGCCCAGCUUCUGUGGGUCAGGUGACCGGUGAGUUUGUCAGAAUUGCUGUAAUGAUCCAAACAGAAACAGCAUCAAUAAAGUGGUAUUUUUCAUGCCCAGAUGAUCAUGAACGUUCACAAUCACGUUUUAACCCUCUGUAAAUAUCAGUCAUGUUUUGUAUUGUUUUUUUUGUAAUGUUUACAAUAAAUUCCAAGGCAGAUUUCGA